AUGCAGAAGUUGCGACAUGUCUCUAGGCACGCGCGGUCCCGCUACCUGAGCACGACAACCCCCUAUCGAGCCGAAGCCUUCCACGCGCAGCUUGAGGAUCCUUCUAUAUCGCCUUUCCUCACCUCUCUGAAAAGACAACCGAAGACUCCGCAGACCUUGACGGAAAAAAUCGUACAACGUUAUGCCGUCGGUCUACCAGAAGGAAAGCUCGUUAGGGCUGGCGACUACGUCAGUCUUGUACCGUCCUAUUGUAUGACACACGAUAAUUCGCGGCCCGUCGCCGGCAAGUUUAUGUCUAUGGGAGCCUCGAAGAUUUAUAACAACAAGCAGAUUGUUAUGACCUUGGAUCACGAUAUUCAGAAUAGAACCGAGUCGAAUCUUAAAAAAUACCAACAAAUAGAGGAGUUUGCAAAGACGCACGGUAUUGACUUUUAUCCAGCAGGGCGGGGAAUCGGUCAUCAGAUCAUGGUUGAAGAAGGAUAUGCAUGGCCAGGCACACUUGUUGUGGCGUCGGAUAGCCAUUCAAACACUUAUGGUGGUGUCAACUGUCUCGGUACGCCUAUCGUGCGUUCAGAUGCCGCGAGUGUGUUUGCCACAGGUCGCACGUGGUGGCAGAUCCCGCCCAUUGCGCGGGUGACAUUCACGGGGACGCUGCCGGUCGGCGUGACGGGUAAGGACGUCAUUGUCGCAUUGUGCGGCCUAUUUAACAACGAUGAGGUGCUUAACCACGCUAUCGAGUUCACCGGUUCAGAGGAGACCAUGGCCAGUUUGCUUGUGGACAGCCGGCUAACCAUCGCAAACAUGUCGACCGAAUGGGGAGCACUCGCCGGUCUGUUCCCGCUCGACCAGACGCUGGAGCGCUGGCUGCGGUACAAGGCUACGGAGGCGGCGAUGCUGGAUACUCGAACAACCCGACAACGCAUCACCCACGAGAAGGUGGACGAGCUGCUCGCGAACCGCCUCACUGCCGAUCGCGACGCUGUGUACGCUAAGCAGCUCUACCUCAAUCUCUCCACACUCUCGCCUUACAUCUCCGGCCCCAACUCCGUCAAGGUCGUAAAGCCUCUAAAUGAGCUCGCGCCGCAGAGAAUCAAAAUCGAUCGCGCAUAUCUUGUCUCUUGCACCAACUCGCGCGCGUCAGAUCUCGCCGCCGCCGCCAAAGUCUUCAAAGACGCGGCCAAAGCGAACUCCGGUAUCGUACCAAAGAUUGCUGAUGGCGUGCAAUUCUAUAUCGCCGCGGCUUCCGCUCCGGAGCAGGAAGCCGCUGAAGCCGCGGGCGAUUGGCAAGCCAUGCUCGACGCCGGUGCGCAGCCGCUGCCUGCCGGAUGCGCGAUGUGCAUUGGGCUCGGAACCGGCCUGCUAGAACCAGGCGAAGUCGGGAUCAGCGCCAGCAACCGCAACUUCAAAGGGCGAAUGGGCUCGCGGGAUGCGCAGGCCUAUCUCGCAAGUCCCGAGGUCGUGGCCGCCAGCGCCCUAAGCGGCGUCAUCUCCGGCCCUGACGCGUACCAGGUGCCGACAGACUGGUCUGGCGUGGAGCACGGGUUCGGCACGGGGAUGCCGCACACGACCGAGCACGAGCUCGGCAACCUAUUGCAGCAGAUGGAAUCACUGAUCGAGCGGGCGGAUUCGGCCGCAAAUGCUUCGGAGGCGGCUGUCGAAAUCCUGCCGGGCUUCCCUGAGCGGAUCAGCGGCGAGAUUGUCUUCUGCGACGCCGACAACAUCAAUACUGAUGGGAUCUACCCCGGUAAGCUCACGUACCAGGAUGACGUGUCCAAGGAAGACAUGGCGCGCGCGUGUAUGCAAAACUACGAUCCCGAGUUCAAUAACAUCGCCAAACCCAAGGACAUCUUGGUGGCAGGUCGGAGCUUCGGCGUUGGCUCGUCGAGAGAACAGGCGGCGACAGCGAUUCUUGCCAAGGGGAUCCCCCUCGUCGUCGCCAGUAGCUUCAGCAAUAUCUUCGCGCGCAACAGCAUCAACAACGCGCUCAUAGGGUUGGAAGUGCCGCGCCUUGUCGAGCGCCUGAGGUCUCACUUCUCCUCUGAGUCUGCCUCUACCUCUUCCUCCUCCUCCUCGUCUAAUCCCAUAGUCCCUGAAUCCACCGCGAACGAAGAGUUAGUCGACGCCGCGCCACCGGCUCCUGUCACACCCUACGAGAGGCAGCUGACGCGCCGCACCGGCUGGACGCUGACGUGGGACGUGGCGCGCAGCGUCGUGGAAGUGCAGGAAGGGCCCGGCGGCGCGGUGUGGACGGAGCGCGUGGGCGAGCUGCCAGCGAACGUGCAGGCGAUUAUUGCUGCUGGUGGACUCGAGGGGUGGGUGAAGGCUGAGCUGAGGAAGGCGGACAACUAA